CGGGGGAGCAACAGCCCCUGCAGGCGUGUCUGCUACAUCGGGCGCCACUCCUAUAGGAGCGUCAGCAACCACCGGACCCGUCACGGAAACGGGCACCACGACCACAGACGAUGUGGAUAUAAUAGUCGGGAAGCCAGUGGAACAGGACGUAAAUGUCAUCAUCGGGACCACUGGUGCCGCAAACAUAACUGCUGCGAAUGCAACGGGAGCCGCCAGCACGACAGGCGCAGCAGGGUCGAUUGUGGAGGUGCGGGCGUUCUCUUUGGCAGUUUCUCUGGCGGCGGGCCAAUCUUAUGGGUAGUGCGUCAUCAUCUAGUGUGGGCAAUCUUGAGUGCAGUCCCUCAGUUUCGUCGCAGGACGGGAUCAGCAAGGGGAUCACCCAACGAAACACCAAGGAUGAUGAUAUACUAUUUCUAACAUACUGCCCAGGGCUUCUGCGACGACCCAGACGUGAAGCAAGCUGUCAGAACAGCCGUCGCGCAGACUUACAACGGCCUAUUUUCCGCGGCGGUAAUCACUACCACAACGCUCACCGCGGGUGACGUGACGCAGUGUGACCUGAUGCCGGGCUCGGGCACCGCCGUUGUAUUGAUGCAUGCAGAACGAGGAAACGUCGUUGCUGGUGUGCAUCUAUCCGAACGCCGCUCGAAGUUCUCUACCUCCGCUACAGCGUCCACAUCCGUCAAUGCUACAGUUGGAACGCAGCUUCCAGCAUCGGCCGCAUCCGCACUUGCAGCAAGCGGGGGAGGCUGGGCCGCGGGUUCGGUGCCAGGCGGACUCGGCGCGGCGAUUCAGGCUGCGGUGGCUGCAGGUACAAACUACACGGUCACGAACCAAACAAUCACCGUGGCGCCACCCGCAACAACAAGCACGGGAGCAGGCAUCGUGGGUACAACAGCAAACGCUAGCAUCGUGUCAGAAACCACAAGUGCGGCCUACACAACAAGAACGACCACGACCAAGCAAGUCGCGACUACUUCUGCAGCAAAUACAACCACAAUCCCAACGACGAGCAGCACUACAACAUCCAGUACUUCGACAACGACCACGACGGGGACGACCACGUCAACAUCAACCACUAGCACGACCACCGAGCCGCUUUACCCCAUGCCCGAACAAGUGCGAUUGGGUGCAAUGGUUCAGGACUUCGUUUUGUACCCCGGCCGAAGCUGCGGCGUUCCCAUAGACGCGGAUGAUUCAAUUGUAACAUCUUCUGGCCUCAGUCUGCCUUCUUAUUAAUGCUGCUUUUGUAAGUAAAUGAGUACAACUAGCUGAAAUAAAGUUCAAGUUUUGCAUUGUUUCUCGUCCGUUCUUGAUCUUGGCCUUCUGCAGUUGACAAAGUCGUUAUCUGUUUGGCCGUGCGUCUUAACUGAUGCUAACUUCUUUUGUUAUAAGCAAGUUUGCUGGUCAGCAUAUUAAUUUACUAGUUGUGUCAACCUAUUCCUAUUGCUCUUGGUCCCUCCACAACCACACUCCUCUCUGUGUUUUAACAACUACAGUCUUUUCUUCAACAGGUAAACGCGACAACUGUGAUGUUCGCGUUAGGACGCGAUGAGGUGGAGAGUGAAAUUAUGCAUCUCGACAAAUGCGCUGAGUGGUGCCAUCGCCGUCCUGGUUGUGACGGUUUUGUUUUCGAAGAGAAGGUUAAGGCGGAGACCUCCUGCACCAUGACUCGCCAACCAUUUUAGAUGCGCUCAGCAUCGCCUUUCUCUGUGUGUAGAAAUCUGCAAAAAAAUUCAGCAAGAUGCCUGGAAUUAUUGAUUAAUCUACUGCUGAUGCUAAAAAGAUCACCUUUUAUGGUACUCAAGGUAGUGGAAGAUGACAGACAACUGGCCCAGUUGAUCAUAGAAUUUCGAUUUCUUUUGUUUCACCCCAGGAAGUUGGCGUCGGGUGCAUCGCCACCACCCUCGCGCACUCUAAUAAGACAAGCCGUUGCACAUUGCGACAAGCGGACCCAAAUGACGACUCACUACUAAAGUCCUGUACAAAUAUGGAAGGCUUUCGUACCUACGCGCGCAUGCCUGGAAUUAUGGUCCUCUCCUGAGCAAGAAGAACAGUGUUGGGAACCAUGGUCCUCUGCUGAGCAAGAGGAGCAGUUUUUAUCGGGAUCAACCUGGCGAAGUAUAUAUUUUCAAUCUGUAGUCACAACCACGUGCUAAGUGUCAACGACAGCUUGGCACAGUUACCUCUUAGAGUGAAAGCAGUCACAAUAUACCAUAGUAUUGCGUUACGUCAGCGAUGUCACUGUAACAUUGGCAUCAUUUUAGAAAGCGUUGAGCCUAAGCUUCAAUGAGUUCCUUCCAUCUCUUUUCGCGUCGUAAGCACAACGAGUCUUUGCUGUUUUUGGUUUCCACGCUCAUACUUUUUUUUCAACAACAAGCGUACAGAACAAAAACCGAUACGUACAAAUUUCGAUAACCUUCUUGCUUUUCUUUUUUACUCGUUGACUACGAACUACCUAGCAUUCAACAAAUUCAAUAUCAAUACUUGUUGUAUAUCUUCCAGUCGGAUCCUCGAUACUAGAAAUGUAAGACAUUGUUGCAGUACAUCCUCGUACCCGUGUAUAAUUUUUCUUGUUUGAGUUAGUUUAUCACUCAUGAUUACCUUCGCAAAUGGAGGGUGUGUUUUUGAACAGCAGUAUUCUAAGCAGCAGUUGCAAGGAUUUCGAAAAUGGGUUCAUUCGCAAUUUUUCCGUCUCGGUAAAAGACUAUGCAGUACCCAGUGCACAAUGAUAAUUGGGCUCAAAUUGAUUACCUCGACGUAAUAUCCAUAGAUAUAACUUCCUCAUGCUUGUUAAGUACUUAUAAAUACUCACAGUUCCAAGAAAUCGAUGUCGAGGUGAUGAAAUUAAUAUUUCUGAAAGAAGCUUGCUGCUAGUUGUACUCCUGUAUUUCUGAAAGAAGCUCGCUACUAGUUUCCGAAAGAACGAAGCUAGUUGUACUCCUGCAAGUAACUACUUAAUGCGGUGGAAGCCCAAGAAGUCAGAGAAAUUAAUUACCGUUUUCGAUUUCGCAAGGCCUAUCUCCAGGACUCUUUUUCCGUUAAGAAAUUCACAUAAAUCUCUGUUUCAAUGCAUACAAGAGAAGUCCCAUAAUACUUAUAAUAUAUGGAUGACGUUUAAGUUUAUUCUCUCAUCUGUAACGGAUCAUCGAGGCUCCCCUGGUUAAGGCUAUAAGUACCCUUCUAAGGCGCAAGACUCGGGCUACCCCGCUUCACCCCUUGAUUAGAUUAGGCGGAGAAAAGGGUGGCCAUGAUGGUCUGCCUACAUGGAAAUAAGAACGCCAUCCAUACAUAAUACACUAAAAGCAAGUAGUUUUGCAGAGUUUUAACGCUAGCAGCACGACAGCGCUUCGUUGUAUACUUGAUCUGACGAUGUCGUGUGUGCUUCUAAAUAUGGACCAUCAUCAUGGUUUCAAAUUCGAUGCUUAGAAGUGAUUUAUUGGGUUAAGCAUCAGAAACGAAAUUGGAGAUGAACGGCAACACUCCACCACCUCCACACUCACACAGAACAAGAAGUAUAUUUCAUCGACAAAGAUUUGGAAUCUUCAAAAACUUUGAUAAAGUAAGUUCAUCUUCAUCCUCAAUAUUAUCCUCGCACAUUACCUCAAAACAAGAGCAAAGAUCGUGAGGCAGAAAAUAGCACUAGUAAUUUCUGGACGUUGUCGGUGACCCCAUUUCACGGAGAUGUAUUGUGACGUGGUAGAGGUCACUGCUGGAAAGUUUUC